AUGAUCCGGAAAAAAGGUAAUAUUUUAUUGUUUUAUUCCAUAUUUUUAGGUUAUUUUGAGCUGGGAUCAGAAAGACUGGCCAGAAUUGUGCUGAAUGGCAUUGGAAAUGGAGGAGAAGAGGAUCAAGGGAGGUUGAAGGUUGACAGAGACUACAAAGUGGACGGAUCAAGAAUAUUAUUGUAGGUCUUUACUAUCCUUCAUAAAUUUAGGAACUUCGGAGGAGGAAAUCGAGGAGUUUUGAUGUAAAUUAGGUUAUGAGGAAGGUUGAGGAGACUGGUUCGCUUUUUAUACGCCUAUUUUAUCGUAACACAAUAUUAGUUCUAGGUAGAGACGAUUUUUAUAUUACACAUGAUAGCUGAUGGGAAAUGUUGAUUUUGUCUAUUUUCUCGGACAUUUUUUGACAAAAUAGUUGUCUAGAUAGAAAUUUUAGGUGAUAAGGGCCCCUUUGAAACUAAUUUUGUCUUAGUUAGGCCUAAUUUAUUCCUAAAAUUAUCUUCAUCUUGAUGAUCAACCCACAUAGUUAUUUUUUUAGUGAAAUCUCCUCAACGGACGAGACUACUGUGCGGAAAACAACCGAAAAUCUUGUGGAAUUGAUCUCAUUGUCUCUUCGAGUGGUAAAAGCAGGCCUAAAAUACGGUGGGGUGAUCGAAAAAUCGACGGAAAUUCCAUUGGACUUGAAGCCGGUUUUUGUUGAAUAA